AUGCAACAUCACACUGUUCUUCCUCCGAUUAAAUUCCUUCUUUCCCCUACCGAGGAUGUUCACGGCCCACUCUCCUCUCCUUCACCGGUCCGGAACGCCAUACAAUUUUCUUCUUCUUACGAUAGUCACGCUGGUAGUAUUAGACCUUUGCUCUCACCACCAGAAUCACCUGAAAUAGCCACCUCUUAUGGCUCUCGACAAGUUCAAUACCAUGAUGAAAGAUAUAUAGCUUUUCAAACUUCUGAACAACAAUGUUCUUGCUGCGUCGGCCGAUCCACGCCCACCUACCAAUCCUCUUCGUAUAAUCAGCAAUCACCUUCUAGUAUCCAUGACUCUUCAUAUUCCCAACAAAGAUACUCGUCUUGCCCGCCACUUAUUCAUCCAAUCCCGAUCUCUCCAUUCGGUCGCAAACCAUCUUUAUCAACAAUGCAAUCUCUUCCACGAUUAAAUACUUCGUUAUUAACACCUAUCACAAAACAUUAUGGCUAUCAUACUGAUCAUUUCAAUGGUCAAAUAUCUCCAAAUGAUUCUUCAAGCGGGAACCGUUACCAAUGUCCUUAUUGUUCAAAACGAUUUUCACGACCAAGCUCUCUUAGAAUUCAUACCUAUUCUCAUACUGGUGAAAAACCUUUUGUGUGCACGGAACCCGGAUGUGGUAGAAAAUUCUCGGUACAGAGUAAUAUGCGUCGACAUCUUAGAGUUCAUAGAUUAGGAAGGUCCGUCAAGAAGACUCGUUAUGAAGGAGAGAUUGAAGGUGUUAAAAUGCUAAACCAUCAUGCUCCUAUCUUUCGAGGAUAUUGA